AUGGUUCGCCUUUUUACUACUGGCCUGGCAUUGGCUGGUCUUGGUCUUGCUCAUGCACAGUCGAAUGCAUCGUUGGCCAAUACCAUCUACAAAGAUGCUUCACAAUCUGUUGAUGCUAGAGUCGAGAACCUCGUCUCUUUGAUGACAUUGGAAGAAAAGAUGGCACAAUUGAUGCAGGGCGACAUCUCAAACUGGCUCAACACGACAUCAGGAGAGUACAAUCAAACAGGCCUAGAAUUCAACUUUGCAAACCGCAGCGGUAUGUUCUACGUCGGCUACCCAAUCUCUUGGGACUGGCUCGCCGAAGGCAUCAAGAAAGGUCAGGACUAUGCUGUCAACAGCACUCGUUUGGGCAUUCCGGCUAUCGUCCAGACGGAAGGUAUCCACGGUUUCCUCAUCGGCAAUGCUACGAUUUUCAACUCGCCGAUUGCGCAAGCCUGCUCGUUCAACCGCGAAUUGCAACGCCAGAUGGGCGAGCAGAUUGCCAUCGAAGCCGCUGCGUUGGGAGUUUCCCAACUUUUUGCUCCUCUGGCUGAUUUGGCCCGCGAGCUUCGCUAUGGUCGUGUCGAAGAAACAUAUGGUGAAGAUGGCUUUCUCGCUGGCGAAAUGGCAUACAACUACAUCAUUGGAUGUCAAGGCCAGAAUGUCUCGGCUAUGGUCAAGCAUUUUGCUGCAUACUCUGAUCCCGAAGGUGGUUUGAAUACUGCCCCUGUUCAUGGUGGCGAGAGGGAGUUGAGGACCACUUGGCUGCCUCCUUUCCAUCGUGCUAUCAUUGACGGUGGGGCGUAUGCGAUCAUGUCUGCUUAUCAUGCUUAUGACGGUAUUCCGGCUGUGGCUGAUUAUCAUAUGUUGACGGAGAUCUUGAGGAAUGAGUGGGCAGGAUACAAGUACUUUGUUUCGAGCGAUGCUGGCGCUACUGAUCGCUUGUUCAAGAACUUUUUGACUUGUGGUGUCAAUGACUUCGGAUGUGUUACUGAGCAAUGUCUGACUGCCGGAAACGAUGUCGAGAUGGGAGGCGGCUCUUUCAAUUUCCGCUCCAUCCCUGCCCUGGUUUCCAAUAACACCAUUGACAUCAGUGUCGUCAACGAAGCCGUCGCUAGAGUCCUGCGAGUCAAAUUCCAAAUGGGCCUCUUCGAAAACCCCAAUCCUGCUGCCCCCAAGGAUCAAUGGACUAACAUCAUCAACACCCCUGCUGCCAAAAAGCUUGCCCGUGAUUUGGAUGCCGAGUCAAUCGUGCUGCUCCAGAACCCGAACAAGACGCUUCCACUCAGCAAGACUGACAAGAUUGCUGUUAUUGGACCCAUGGCUUCUGGGUUCAUGAAUUAUGGCGAUUAUGUCGUGUACAAGUCUCAGUAUAGGGGUGUGCAGUAUUUGGAAGGCAUUAGAAAUGCGGUUGGUGCUUCAGCCAACUCGACGAUCUCGUAUGCAAAAGGUUGCGAGAGAUGGUCGACUGACGAGUCUGGUAUUCCUGAGGCUGUUGAGGUCGCCAAAGAUGCAGAUGUCGCUGUUGUCAUCGUGGGUACUUGGUCUCGCGACCAACAAGAGCUGUGGCAGGGGUUGAAUGCAACCACUGGCGAGCACAUUGAUGAGAGCGAUCUCGGCCUCGUCGGCGCACAAAGAGCUUUAGUCAAAGCCAUCAUCGACACGGGUAAACCCACCGUCGUCGUCUUCUCCUCCGGCAAACCUCUCACCGAGUCCUGGAUCUCCAACACCACUGCCAGUUUGGUUCAACAAUUCUACCCCAGCGAAGAAGGUGGCAAUGCUCUUGCUGACAUACUCUUUGGCUCUGUAAACCCCUCUGGCAAACUCUCCGUCAGUUUCCCUCACGAUGUGGGUACUCUGCCUGCCUACUACGACUUUUUGAACAGCGGACGACCUACUUAUCCCGGCUUUGUGGGCGCGGAUGGAAACCUGUACUUCGGAAGCAGCUACAUUCUGGAUACGCCUGUACCGUGGUUUCCCUUCGGGUACGGGCUUUCGUACACCACGUUCGAGUAUGGCAAUGUCACGUUGUCUUCCUCGAAAGUCUCUGCUACCGACUCCAUCAUCGCUUCCAUCUCCAUCACCAACAAUGGCACUUAUGAUGGCGCUGAAGUGGUGCAACUCUACGUCAAGGAUCAAGUUGCUAGCGUCGCUGUCCCGAACAUCCAACUCAAAGGCUUUGAAAAGGUGUUUAUCAAGGCGGGAGGAACGGUAAAUGUGAGUAUUCCGUUGGAGGUCAAGGAUAUCGGGCUGUGGAAUAAGAGUAUGGUGUAUGUGGUGGAGAAGGGCAACUUUACGGUGUUUGUGGGUGCUAGUUCGGCGGAUUUGAGGAGUAAUGCUACGUUGACUGUUGUGUGA